AUGGGGACCUUCAACUUUGGCAAGCACAAUGGGAAGACCUACGAGGAGGUGUUCGAGAAGGACAAGUCGUAUGUGACAUGGGUGAAGAACCUGGAAACACCCACAGGGUCGCUACUUAACUUCAAGGAGUAUGUGUUAGAGAGGGAAAAGGGAGAGCAGAAACAGCAGGGACAGCGGGGGCAGGUGACCUCGCCAGGGCAUCUUGGCCAUUCGGGCAACCUAAGCAGCAAAUCCACAGGGAAAUGGUCACGCAGCCAAGGAUGGGAAGGUGCCAGCUUUGAUGGAAACCGAGAAAGUGGAGGAGGAGACACUUACCGAAGUAAAAGCUCGUUCGAUAAAAGUCCCAGUGCAGUGCUCAAAGGGGUGGAUACUCCUAAAGGAAGUUACAAAAAUGAGGGAUAUUCCAAAACAGCUAAACCGGUGAACAAAAUGAAUAGCAGAGAGUACAAGACGUACGAGCAAGGCAUAAUGAAUGAAAUAAGCAAAAGCUAUAAUCAGAGUGAAAAGGGAGAAAAAGUCGAAUUUGACAUCAUUGUGGCGUUUGAAAUUUUCAGUGUUGAUACAUUUAAGGUUGUCCAAAUGGAUAACAACACCACUGGAGGUGGUAGGAAAUAUGCUAGCUUUAAAAACUACCUCCCGAAGGAACUCUUUAAAAUACUAACCGAAUUUAAUCCAACAUUAAAAAAGGUGAACAACUCUUCCUGCAUGACGUUCGAAGCAGAUAAGUACGAAUACGUGUUGUCCAAUUUGAAGGAAAAGUGUACCAUCUUGGGAGGUAUACAAAGCAUCCCCAAUUUCCUUCUAAAGUGUUUUGAUCAGUACAGCCGAUUUUCAGAACCGCAAAAGGUUUCCGAAAUAAGUGCAAAUAUUCUGACGAAUAAUUUAUGUCCAUACACGAAAAAAAAUUAUGACAAAAUGGAUAUCCUGGUGGGAGAAAAGCUAAGUGCAGAAUUGAGGAAUUUUCAAAGAGAAGGAGUUUAUUUUGGGUUAAAAAAAAAUGGGCGAGUAUUAAUAGGGGAUGAAAUGGGAUUGGGAAAAACGUUACAAGCUUUAGCUCUCAUGGCAUUUUAUCAGGAGGACUGGCCAUUCAUCGUUGUUUGUCCUUCGUCCAUUCGGUUUCAGUGGAAAGAUCAGGCACUACGAUGGUUAUCCCACCUAUUGUCGGAAAAUCAAAUUUGUGUUGUGAAAAGUGGAAAAACAGACAUCCCCAGGAAUUGCAAAAUGAUCAUAAUUUCCUACGAAUUAAUGACAAAAAAUGAUAAGUAUCAGAAUAAGUAUAAAUCCAUCGUGUGUGAUGAAUCUCACUAUUUGAAAAACUCCUUUUCAAAAAGGACGAAAGCGAUCACCCCCAUUAUUAGGAGUGCGAAAAGGUGUGUCCUUCUAUCAGGUACCCCAGCUUUGAAUAAACCAUCCGAAUUGUACGAACAGGUGUCUAGCAUUAUUCCUGACCUUUUUAAUUACCAUGAAUUUUGCGAAAGAUAUUGCUUUAAGGACAAAAAUAUGUACACCAGAAAGUUCGAAUAUGUUGGAUGUAAACACACAGAGGAGUUACACCUAUUUUUAACCAACACGAUUAUGAUAAGGAGAUUAAAAAAAGACGUUUUGAAGGAACUGCCAGAAAAGCUGAGGUCAAAAAUUCCAGUGGAAAUACCUCCAAAGGAGUUAGGCGAAAUUCUCACCUACCAGAGAAUGUUAGAGAAGAAGAAGAAUAUCAACAUUGGGGACGAUUUGGACGAUCUGCCAAUGGCGGGCGGGGGUAAUGAGUACAGUUAUGGGCGAAGCAAUUUUGGCACGCCCAACAGGGAGGACGAAGAAAAUGUCUCCAUUUCGCACCUAUUCAAAAUAACGGGUUACGCAAAAGUGAAGGCCAUAAAGGAGUACAUUACGUACCUUAUCGAUGCGGAUAUCAAGUUCCUUCUCUUCUGUCACCACAAAUUAGUGAUGGAUGAAAUUGACCAAUUUUUGACAGAGAAAAAAUGCAUGUUCAUAAGAAUAGAUGGAUUAACCCCCGUUGAUAAGAGAGAGGUAUACAUUAAGAGCUUCCAAAAUGAUGACCAUAUAAAAAUUGCCCUACUGUCAUUAACUGCCUGUGGGUUGGGGUUAAAUCUAACUGCUGCCAAUACAGUCGUUUUUGGAGAGUUGUAUUGGGUACCGGGACAAAUAAUACAAGCAGAAGAUCGAGCACACAGAAUUGGUACCACCCAUGAAGUGAUCAACAUACAUUAUUUAAUUGCACAAAAUACCAUUGAUGAAACUGUUUGGAGAAUUAUUAACAGAAAGUGGAACACCCUCACCACGGCCUUAAACGGAAUGGAAGACUCACUAAACGUGAAAGAGGUAAAUAAGUUCGACCGAUUUAUGUUAGACCUAACUAACGAUGCGAAUAAGUCCUAUCCCACCUCGUUGGUCACCACCCCCAAAGUUAGGAGGAAGUCAUUCGAACAUAACAAAUCAUUUGAAACAACCAAUAGUAACACCAAACGGGAGAGGGAUAUACGCGAUUUCUUCAAGCCGAGUGAGAAGUCUGCCGAAAAGUUCGAUUGUGCCAAAAAGAGGUCGUACGACACUCCAACGAAGGAUUGCUCUUCCAACAACACCUCUCCAAAUAUGCUAAACAAGCGGUACAAAACUGAGUUGUUCUGGGAGGAAGAGUAG